CGGAGGGAGGACCUGUUAACCAUCGGCUGCUCGGGAAAGGCUGAGCCGGGAAUGCGGAGGAGAUGAGCGUGAACGCCACCGCCACUGCCCGGGAGCAGUGGGUCACUCUGAGCCCCGCGGAGUUCUCCCAACUGCAGAAGUACGCGCAGUAUUCCACAAAGAAACUUAAAGAUGUUCUGGAAGAAUUCCAUGGCUCUGGUGUGCUGGCAAAAUACAAUCCUGAGCAGAAGCAGGAUGUUCUCACUCAACCAAUAGACUUUGAAGGCUUCAAGCUGUUUAUGAAGACAUUCUUGGAGGCAGAGUUGCCUGAUGACUUCUGUCAGCAUCUCUUCAUGUCAUUCAGGAACAAGUCCUCCCCAAGCCCUUCAUCACAGGAGAGGACUCGCAUAAGUGGGCUUCAGGUGACUAAAGAAAGCUCGUCUCCGUCGGUAACCUCUUCGUUUACCAGCAUCAAUGAAUCAGAAGUGGUCCAGCUGAAGGAUAUUGUCUGCUAUCUGUCCCUACUGGAGGGAGGGCGACCUGAGGACAAGCUCGAGUUUAUGUUCCGUCUUUACGACACAGAUGGAAAUGGGUCGUUGGAUAGCUCGGAGCUUGAGCAGAUCAUAAGUCAGAUGAUGCACGUAGCUGAAUAUCUUCAAUGGGAUGUCACAGAACUAAAACCAAUCCUUCAGGAGAUGAUGGAUGAGAUAGAUUAUGAUCAUGAUGGCACAGUGUCCCUGGAGGAAUGGAUUCAAGGAGGAAUGACAACUAUCCCCCUUCUUGUGCUCCUGGGGUUGGAAACGAAUGUGAAAGAUGAUGGACAGCACGUGUGGAGGCUGAAGCACUUCAAUAAACCUGCCUACUGCAAUCUCUGUCUGAACAUGUUGAUUGGUCUUGGCAAGCAGGGCCUCUGUUGCUCAUUUUGCCAUUAUACAGUUCAUGAACGCUGUGUGGCCAGGGCCCCUUCCUCCUGUAUCAACACCUAUGUCAAGUCAAAAAAGAAUACAGCUAUAAUGCAUCACUUUUGGGUGGAAGGAAACUGUCCAAAGAAAUGUGACAAAUGCCAUAAAACCAUCAAGUGCUAUCAAGGUCUGACUGGUCUUCACUGUGUGUGGUGUCAAAUUACUCUGCAUAACAAAUGUGCUUCCCACGUGAAACCUGAAUGUGAUUUGGGACCACUGAUAGAUCAUAUUUUACCACCGUCUUCCAUCUGCCCGCUUGUACUGGAUCGGCAAUCCACUGUGAAAAGAAAAGACGGCACUUCUCUGCAAAUAAAGAACUCAGAGGAGCGUAACAAAAUGCAAAGAGCCAACUCGAUCACUGUUGAUGGACAGGGAUUGCAGAUCACACCAGUUCCAGGUACACAUCCACUUCUGGUGCUCGUCAAUCCCAAAAGUGGUGGGAAGCAGGGAGAAAGAAUCUUCAGAAAGUUCCAGUUCCUUCUGAAUCCGCGCCAGGUUUACAGUCUCGCCAAUAGCGGGCCAAUGCCAGGGUUAAAUUUUUUUCGAGACGUCCCAAAUUUUAGAGUUCUGGCCUGUGGUGGGGAUGGAACUGUAGGAUGGAUCUUGGAUUGUGUAGACAAGGCGAAUUUACUCCAACAUCCUCCAGUUGCAGUUCUUCCACUUGGGACAGGCAAUGACUUAGCGAGGUGUCUGAGAUCAGGAGGAGGUUAUGAAGGGGAGAGCCUGAUGAAGAUCCUCAAAGACAUUGAGAACAGCACAUUGGUCAUGCUUGAUAGAUGGAACUUUGAGGUGAUUCCAAGCAACAAAGAGGAAAAGGGGGAUCCCGUGCCUUACAAUAUCAUCAACAACUACUUUUCUAUUGGAGUGGAUGCCUCGAUUGCCCACAAAUUCCACAUCAUGCGAGAAAAACAUCCUGAGAAGUUCAACAGCAGAAUGAAGAACAAAUUCUGGUAUUUUGAAUUUGGCACAUCUGAAACCUUCUCUGCCACUUGCAAGAAACUGAACGAGUCUGUGGAGCUGGAGGUUGAUGGUAUUUUGCUGGAUUUGAGUAAUAUUUCCCUGGAAGGCAUUGCUGUGUUGAACAUACCAAGCAUACAUGGAGGAUCAAACCUUUGGGGCGAGAGCAAAAAAAGACGGAGUUAUCAUCGAGCCAGUAAAAAGGCACCAGAUAAACGGGGCACAGUUUUAGAUGCUAAAGAGCUGAAGUUCUGUGCUCAAGAUGUCACUGACCAGUUGUUUGAAGUGAUUGGCCUCGAAGGUGCCAUGGAAAUGGGACAGAUCUACACUGGACUAAAGAGUGCAGGAAAGCGGCUGGCUCAGUGCUCUUCCCUCAUCAUCAGAACCAGCAAGUUCCUGCCAAUGCAGAUUGAUGGAGAGCCUUGGAUGCAGACCCCUUGCACAAUUACUAUAACCCACAAGAAUCAGGCUCCGAUGUUGACAGCUCCACCUCCCAAGACUGGCUUCUUUUCUUCAAUCAUCAAGCGAACUAGAAGCUAAAGGAAAAGCAUAAAAUAGGAGAAGAAUUAAAUCAGUUGAGCUGUGCAGUUUUCUCUCAGUCUUACAUCAAGGACGAAGAUGGGAGUAGAGGCAGAAUUUAACUGCAGAAUUGCACUAUUCAAAAUAAAGGGUACAUCAUUCAAUCUCACAGUUGCUACACUGUGACUGAAUGCCAGAAUUAAACCAUGAAGGUUACUGUUGGCACAUGUAGUUUUGGUCUGCAGUUUACGCAUGACGGCAUUUAUCUUUUAUGGCAUUGAUUCAAGCUGCAUGAAUUGCAUUUAGGAUUUAGGAAGGUCUGCACUCCCAGUUUUUCACUUUUUGGCCUUAGUUGGGAGACUUUCUUGGCUCAAAACCAUUAAAUUCAAUUGACGUUUUCUUGUGAUUAGGGCGCAGGGUUAAAGAGACAAUGAUUCCUGUCAUCAGCCUACAAAAACAAGUUACAUGAAGCAUCUUAUUAAAAUCUUACUACUAAAAAAAGUGUAAAUACUCCAUCUAAGUUAGUAAUAGCAUACCUUUGAAAUUCUACAGUUACUGCAUCCAUUAUUUAAACUUCUAAAUGCAUGAAUUCACACUUUCACUGUUUUGGGCAAAUUUAUGUUUCUUCCACUUUCGAUGGCUCCUUUUUGCUAUUGGCGGCACGGAUUGAAUCUCAGCCAUGUUGUUUUUGUUCAGCGCAUGGCUUUUUGUUCACAUGGAAAGAGGGUUAAGGGUUAACCCUAACCCAAACAGUUAGGCAAAUUAUAAAAAUAUGCUUUUAGUUUGUUGUCUUCUAUUGAUCAAUGAUGCUGCCCCCCUGCCCGAUUCGGUCUUUUUGCAAGCAAGCUAACCUUACCUUUUUCACCUUGCAAAUCGAAUGCUAUCAACUUUUUCUGAUUGACUAGUGAAAAACAUUGCUCAAAUGUGGUGUAUGCAU